GAGAUUGACAUUGAAGUUUAACUGUCUAGCUUCAUAAGUGAGAAAGUGAAGGCAAUUUUAUCAGUUAUUAAUGGAACUUUUGGUUCAAUUAGUGAUGUGUUGUGAUGCUUCGCAUUUAACAAGUUCAACCUUUUAUCAGUCCUUGAUCCUUCUCUGGCAGUGAUAACAUAAUCUAAUGGUAAUAUUUUACGAAGAAUAUUGCACGUUUUCAAUUUUCAAUAUUGUUGAAAAUUAUAAUUGCGAACAAAGAAAAAAUGUACACAAUUCAGCAUGUUAGACGUCCAGAGAAACCCGAAAAAGAGUGCAUUCACUCUGGACACUUUAUGGUAUCUACAUUCGAGGCUGAAGAACAAGAUGAUGAGGACAAUGUGGCUAUUCCUCUUCCAGAAAAUAAUAGUGAUAUUAUACCACUGCCACUUGUUUCAGUACAACCAAAAAAUAAAAAUUUAUCCAAAGUUCCACAGAAAACACAACAGCAGCUAUCAAUUGAUACUAGUUUAGCAAAACUCUUUCAAGCUAUGAAUAUCGCCUAUAGACAAAAACUAACCUCACCGAAAUGGAAUAGAUUUAGAGGCAUUAGAUUACGAUGGAAGGACAAGAUACGUUUAAAUAAUGUGAUAUGGAGAUGCUGGCAUCUGCAGUUUAUAAAGAAGGAACGCACAUUAGUAUGCCAGUUUGCGUCGCCUUUAGAUGUAGAUACGCACAAUAAACCUGAGGCUGUGGUUUUAGAAGGUAAAUAUUGGAAACGAAAAUUAGCGGCGGUAACAGCUGAAUAUAAAAGAUGGAGGAUGUUUUACAGAAACAACAUCUUAGGACACGUUACCAAAGAAGCGGCAGAUUCAUUGUUAGAUUUGGAUAUACCGGAAUGGGAUACUUGUACGGAGAAUAUGAUGAUGGUGGAUGAGGAUUAUAUGGGUCUAAUGAGUGACACGUUGUUUUCUACUAUUGUUAACCAACCGUUCGCUUUUCCGGAUCCAAGGGAAAUUGCUAAGGCUGGUAUUGCGGAUUUCAUCCAACCAAGUUUGAAUCCGCUACAACCAAAUUUGGAAGAUUACAUGGAUUUGGACCCUUUCCAAGAAUUGAUUGGAAAUAAACUGGCAACGGUGCUAGAAGAAACGCCUACAUCACAACAUCCCACCGGUUGGGGUUAUUUGGAACACAACAUCAACAGUCCAGAACCUCCAGUCGAGGUACCUCCCAUGCAAGUGAACCAAUACCAGCUCUCCCCCGGUCAGCAAGUACCUUCGAUAGAGAAACCAAAGUCGCCUCAGCAUCAAAAUAUCGUACCUGACAGAUACAAUGAAAUGGUGUUACAGCAACAACAGCAACUUUUCUCAGAAACGCAGUCGUCUUAUCAGUCUGUGAUAUCGAAAAAUAAUACACAAAAAAAUACCAAGACACCUGGAACUCCCAGGAGUACUUUGGUAUAUAGCAAAUCCAUGGAUAACAUUUAUCCGGCUUACAAUCAAGUGCAGCAACAGAGUACCCAGGGGCAGGUUGUGGAAAGGAUUUCGAGUAAGGUAAGCGACACAUCACAAGUUCAACCCCAACAAAUACCUGAAUAUUUAGCCUACAAAUUGGUCACCUUACCACAACAACAAGGCUACAAAUUUUCAAUAGUACCAUCACCGAAUAUCAAAUUCACCAGCCCGCAAGUACAACAACCGAUAAUCCAGAGAUACUCGUGUCUAACUCAAUACAACAGCCUCCCCCGGUCGAAUACAAACGAAGAAGAACAAAUAAGGAGAAGACGCGGGGGUACGAAGGGGGCUCGAGGUAGAUCGAGAUCGAAUACGAGGGAACCAGUCAAAAGACCGCCGUUGGUAUCGACAGCUAGCGACCCAUCUCUGCUAACCCCCCAAAAUAGCGUCAUAUUAACCCAAUUGUUGACCAACAAUUCGGAACCUGUCAGUAGUGUAUAUAACCGUAGCAUAAGUCAGGGUAACGUGGAAAUGCUUCCGAAACAAAGCCACAUAAGGAUAAAAGAAGAAUCGAAACCGGUGCCGAUGUUGCCCCAAUCGACUCUAAUAAUACCCAACAUGUCGACUGCCCAAUCGACAUCAGACAACAUGCUGUUGAAUUCUUAUAGUAGUUCGAAUAGCCCGGUAAUGGAUCCGCUUUCGCAAAAUAUUCAUUCGCCGACUUCGUCGCAGGGUUCCGUAGGAUCUCCAGGAGGUGACGGUGCCAAUCAGCGCGACAGGAGGUCCGUGCACAUACACGCCGAACAAAAGAGACGCUACAACAUUAAGAACGGUUUCGAUAUGAUCCAUUCGCUCAUACCUCAUCUCAAUCAAAAUCCGAACGCUAAGUUAAGUAAGGCAGCUAUGUUACAAAAAGGUGCUGAAUAUAUCAAACAGCUGAGGGAGGAGAGAAAUCAACUGAAAACCGAAAUGGAAUCUCUUCGGCAACAAAUUGAAAGCCUCAACGCAGCUAUCAGUAAUUGUCAGUCAAUGUUACCCGCCACCGGUGCUCCUGUUUCUCAAAGGAGGGAUAGCAGGAUGCAGGAAAUGUUUGAUGAGUACGUUAGAGUACGUACGAUGGAAAAUUGGAAAUUUUGGGUUUUUAGCCUGAUUUUUAAAUCGUUAUUGAAUUCUUUCAAUAGCUUAGUAUCGAGUUCUAGUCUAGACGAUUUGUAUCGUUCCACGAUGUUGUGGGUUGAACAACAUUGUACCCUUAGUGAUCUCAGACCAGUGGUUUUGAAUUCGCUGACCUACUUGUGUAGAAAGACGGACAUACUGUCUGAACCGGAAAAGUUACCCGAAGAAGCACUACGGAUAGUAACGGAAAGUAAAAGCCAAAACAAUAAUUAGUUUUUAAAAUUUUCGAAGAAGUUACUUAACAAAGGAUACCUUGUGCUCAUGAAAAAUGUCGUUUGUUGCUUAGGAGUUUUAUUUGGUCCGGAAAGAAGAAGAAAUAUACCCCGAAUUGAGUACGUCUGUUUUCCCUGUAUGUUAAUUUCGUUUUUAGUGAAAUUCAACUCCAACUUGUUUUUAUUUUUGAGAAAACUUUGAAAAUAUUCCAGAUAUUUUUUUUAAGAUAAUAAAACUUUUAAGCGAAAGCUCAUUUUUGACUAUUAAGACUUGUUUUUUUUGUACUUUUGUAAUAAUCAUACCUUGGUGCGAAUUUUCAGGGAAACUUUUGCCGGAACAAUUUUUUUUUCCUUCGCACAUUUAUCACAAUUUAAUCGUAAAAAAUUUUCCUGGAAAUUUCUAUUUUGUUUAUAAAAAAAAUUUUCGAAAAUAAUUAAAAAUAUUAUCAAUUUCAUCUCAGUUUUAGUACAAUUUAACCUUAAGUUCGAUGUGUGUAAAUAUAAUUGUACAGGUUGAUUUGCUAUACCGAAUGUCCCAAUAAAUCUUUCAAUUUCAUAAAAUUCACUAUCUCUUAAUAUUUAGAAACGAACAAAUUAAGAUUUUAAUACUUACGUUAUGGAAUUUAAAAAUAUAUUUGAGACUUUUGGUGUGUGUUUUCACUUCACUUUAUACAAAAGAACAGAUAGAGUGCAAUAAAAUUCAUCCUACAUAACAUUCCGAUACAAUAACUUUCUAUCUAACCUUCAAUUGAAACCCUAACGUCUAUUGUACCACACCACCAUAUAAACUGUCCAGACAGUUUUAAAAUUCUAAUUAACUCCAUCAUCUAUGGCUGACGGCUCUUUUAGCAUUUUCGCUAGAGCUAAAUGAACCAAAGUUUCACCAUCUCCCCCUAAAAAUACAUACUCCUCAGUUUCUGCUAGACCGAAGGAAGCCGGUGAGUAGGUGCAGAUGAUUUUUGAUGGGGUCCAGAUACUUUUUGGAUCCAGAGGUGUCAAAGGGACUUUUUGGAGGAGUCCAGCUUGGAUUAGAUUGUGAUAAAUUUCUUCAAACAUAACCGAAACGUGGACACUUCUCUAUUAUAAUGCCUCCAACUCGAAUUUCCUUUUCCUCGCAAUUAAAAGCCAUCUUUGAGCAUUCUGUUGAUCUGUUAAUCAAUUUUUUUCUCAUAUUUUUUCUUUCUGAACCUGAAACCUUAACGUCUAUUGUACACCUCCUAUUAGAGCAGUACCUCCACCGUCUACAACUGUCCAUACGGUUUCAAAAUUCUAAUCAACUCCAGUAUCCGUAGCUGAAAACUUCUUGUAGCAUUUUUUUUGCAAUUCUAAAGAAUUCUAGAACUGGAUAUCUCAGAUUUUCCCCAUGUUCCCCACAAAAACUAAAUUCCUCAGUUUCUGCUAGACUUAUGGAAGGUAAUGAGUAGGUCUAAAUGCGGAGGAACUUUUUGGAGGGAUCCAGCUUGGACUAGAGUAUGAUAAACUUCUUCCUACAUAAUUAAAACGUGUCCAUUUCCAUAUUGCAAACGGUUCAACUUGAAUUUCAUAUCCCUCCAACCAAAAUUCAUCGCUGAUCAUUUUAUUGAUAUAUUUAUCAAUUUCUUUUUCAUAUUUUUUCAUUCUGAAAUUUCUUUUUGGGGCUUUUCCCUUUCCCUACCUUCCAAAAUUUGAACAAACUAAGUAUUUGUGUUGUUGACAGUUCCUUGUAGACCUUUUUUUAACUCCGAGGCAGAGUUUCACCAUCUUCCCCACAAGAUCUACACUCCUUAGUUUCUGUUAGACCUACAGGAUAGCUUUUUGGAUCUAGUGGUAUUAAAGGAACUUUUUAAGAGGGAUACAGCUAGAAUCAAAGCGUACAAUUUCCUUAUUAUGAUGAUUUCAACUUGAAUUUCCAACCAAAACAUUUUGUAGAUCUUUUGAUCAAUUUAUUUUAGCAUCUAACCGAGCACCACUUUUAAUUUAAUUGUUUUUGCUAAGUACGGUAUCAAAAACACUUUUUAAAGUAAUCCGGUACCACUAGAAUGCUUCUCUUCCAGUUUUCUCCUUAAAGAAAGAUUCGUAGUCAGUAGAAACCUUUGUGGUCCUUUUCCAUGUACCAUUUGGGUAAGUUUUAAAAUGUAUGAUCUUCCGAGGAGUUUUUAUUUUGGUAUCAUUACAAAUCCUGCAUUAAUUUAAACGUAUAUAUUGAGCAGUAUUCUAACUUGAGGUUAUCUUCCUACUACAAAGGAAACAAUUUUAGUAUACCAAUUGAGGCUUUAUCUUGAUCCCAAGUCAUCGUUUUAUUUUUAUCGGAUGUUUUAAAGGAAUGAAUUUAUUAUAAAGAAAACUAGUUCUUUUGUUUUUUUUGUGUUAUCAUCCUGUACGAAAUAUUUCCUUGUUAGUGCCUUAAUAAAAAUAAAACGUGAUAAUUUUUAUGUUUACAUAUUUGUCAUUUAUAAAAGGGUACUUACAUUAUAGUUUUUAUUAUAAAAUGAAUGUUAUAUAUAUAUAUAUUUGAAUGUUCUAUUUACAUUUUAUUUUAAAUAAACUUUGUUUUUUUUUAUUUUUUAAAUGAUCUUACUUUAUUGUAUUUCUAAGUCUAUUAAACAGUUUGUGUUUUC